AUGCCUGAACAUGAUGCUCUCAUUCUUUCAUACUCCCACCUGGUGGACUUUCCGCGGGCCAGCGAUGCCUUCCAAAUCCUCAAGAAAGUUGCCUCUCUGGUGAAGCCCAUCAUGCGGGCGAGGGGUUGGAAGGUGCGGGAGCUUGCAGAGUUCUACCCUGAUCAGGCGAAUUUGCUUGGCCUCAACGUCAACAGAGGGCAGAGAAUUCUGGUCCGAUUGCGAUAUCCCGGCGACCGAUCUUUGUUUCUCCCCAUAGAGCAGGUCGUCGACACCAUGCUCCACGAGCUCUCCCACAUUGUCUUUGGACCACACGACGGAAACUUCCAUGCUCUGUGGAACCAGCUACGGGAUGAGCACGAGGCACUCAUACGGAAAGGGUACACGGGCGAAGGUUUCCUCUCCGAUGGCCAACGCUUGGGAGGCGGCGGCCGGAUUCCAAUGCAAGAAGCUCGCCGCCUUGCCCGGGCGGCUGCCGAGAAACGUCGUACCUUGACCAAGAAUUCGGGAAAACGCCUUGGCGGUACUGGGCCUCGUCCCGGAUCAGACAUUAGGCGAACGAUUGUCGGUGCUAUCGAGCGCAGAAGCAGCACUUUACAGGGUUGUGGGAACAUGAACCACAAUGACCGAGAGAUUCAGCAAAUUUCAGAGAUUGCAACGCGAAACGGCUUCCGUACUCAAGCCGAAGAGGACGCUGCAAAUGAAGCAGCAAUCGCUCAGGCACUCUGGGAACUCGUGCAGGAGGAGGAAAAGCAGCGUUAUGGAGGCUACUACGUCCCUCCGAGUGCUCAAAAUCCUACCGGCAACGGGGGUGGACUUCGAACCGAGAAGCAACAGCGCGCCACCUCCGAUCCCCGGACCGGCAUCCAGACCUACGCCCCCGCCGCCGGUGCCGAGGCCCGAAACCCGACCGCCGGUGAUCGCAGCCCCACGGCCCCUGCCAGCUCAGCAACGGGGUUGGACGUGCGGGGUCUGUACUCUACAUAA